AGCCUCCGCAGCCCGAGCCGCCCAGGGCUCUGCUUCGCCUCGAGUGGCAGUCCGUGCGUGCCCGGCGCUCCGACCAGCACCAUGGGGAAGCAGAACAGUAAGCUGGCCCCGGAGGUGAUGGAGGACCUGGUGAAGAGCACGGAGUUCAACGAGCACGAGCUCAAGCAGUGGUACAAGGGCUUCCUCAAGGACUGUCCCAGCGGCCGCCUCAACCUGGAGGAGUUUCAGCAGCUCUACGUGAAGUUUUUCCCCUACGGAGACGCCUCCAAAUUCGCUCAGCACGCCUUCCGGACCUUCGACAAGAACGGCGACGGCACCAUCGACUUCCGAGAGUUCAUCUGUGCGCUCUCCAUCACGUCCAGGGGCAGCUUCGAGCAGAAGCUCAACUGGGCUUUCAACAUGUACGACCUGGACGGCGACGGCAAGAUCACCCGGGUGGAGAUGCUGGAGAUCAUCGAGGCUAUCUACAAGAUGGUGGGCACCGUCAUCAUGAUGAAGAUGAACGAGGACGGGCUGACGCCGGAGCAGCGGGUGGACAAGAUCUUCAGCAAGAUGGACAAGAACAAAGACGACCAGAUCACGCUGGACGAGUUCAAAGAAGCGGCCAAGAGCGACCCCUCCAUCGUGUUACUGCUGCAGUGCGACAUCCAGAAAUGAGGCCGGGGGCCGGGACUCGCCCGAUUCCGCCCGCGGCCGCCCUCGCCCGCACUCCCGCGCCCACUCCCACACUCCCACGCACACACACGCACGCCCACUCACACACGCACACACAACAUUGCUUGGAUCCCCUGUAUCAAUGGAUUUGCUUUCUGUGUUUGAAACACUUGUGUGCAUGAGAAUUUUAUUUGCUAAAGAGUUUUAAAAGUCUCUAUAUUAUAAAAAGAAAAAAAAGAGGACCCGAUCCACACCCACGUGAUGUCCCAGUCCCCCUCCCCGCCUCCUCCCGAGCCCAGGCUGGGGCGUGGGGCGGCCCCCUCCAUGUCCCCUCUUCCCCCCACGCGUCCCCCUGACUCAGUAACGCCCCCCUCCCCUCCGCCCUGAUUAUGUAGCUAAGUGUUGGCUCCCAGCCGCGUCGCGUCCCCCCUUCCCUCCUCCCCCGGCCCCUCCGGCUCCGGCCGCUGGGGAGCCCGGUCCCCCUCCCGAGCUUGUGCUAUCAGUGAAUGUCGCUGUGUCUCAUCUGCAUGCGCGCCUCUCAGUCCGGGCCCCUCCGCCGGGCUCUUGCAUCUUCUCCACCAGGAAGACCCGUGUCCGAGGAAUGCAGUGUCGCCUGUAGCGCCCCCCGCCCGCCCCCCAUCUCUGUCUAGCUAGCUCUACACCAACACACAAAAGUCGAAUUAUUUAUUGGAAGUAAAGGAAGAGAGUACUGGAAGCAGAUGGAUUCCUGCCUGGAUUUUCAGAAGCUUCCAAAGAGGUUGCAAUAUAUGUCCCAAAUAAAUUUAUAAUAUUUGA